ACUAUCUUUAUUAAAAAACUUGAAAAAUUUAUACUUAAAAAAUAAUUCUCUUGAUGAUUUAGCAUUACCAAAAGAAUUUGAACAAUUAAAACAAUUAGAAGUUAUUAAUUUAGGUGGAAAUCGUCUUAAACAGUUUCCAUAUCAAUUAUUUCAAAUGUUCAAUUUAAAAGAAAUUUAUUUAGGUUCAAAUCAAAUAACAUUUUUACCUGAUUUAUUUCAUACAUUAAUCAAGGUUGAAGUUCUCUAUUUGGGUGGAAAUCAAAUUGGUAAUGUGCCAGAUUCAAUUGGUUAUAUGCGUUCGUUAGUUGUUCUAAAUUUAAGUGGAAAUCGUUUACGAACAUUACCACGCUCGAUUUCUCGCUUAACUCGUUUAAAAUCACUUUCAUUACAUAACAAUCAAUUUAGUGCUCUGCCGCCAGAUAUUAUACGCCUCGAUUUACAGGAAUUAAGUUUAAGAAAUAAUCCACUUGUUGUACGUUUUGUUCGAGAUUUAACAUACGAUGUACCAACAUUAAAAGAAUUAACCGGUAGAACAAUAAAAUUUCAUAAAAUACCUUACGAUGAUAGAUCAAUACCAAAAAGUCUUGUUGAAUAUUUAAACUCAGCUAAAUCAUGUUUAAAUCCUAAAUGCAAAGGUGUUUAUUUUGAAAGUUAUCAUAAAAAUAUUAAAUUUGUGGAUUUUUGUGGCAAGUUUUAUUUACCUUUACUUCAAUUUCUAUGUACACCUGCAUGUACAUCAGCACCAACAUUUCAAAUGACAUCAUCUGAAUCUGAUGAUACAGAGAAUAUACCAACGAAAGAUAUGACUAACAAAUUUAAAAAAGUUCUACUUGGUUAA